GUCGUCACCCGGCAGUAGUUGCAGGGUUGAGGCCCGCCCCUUCCUCUUCCCCUCGGACCAGGCAGUGGUGGCGCGGAGGCUGGUGCGGCUAUGGCUAAGAUCAAGGCUCGGGACCUUCGCGGCAAGAAGAAAGAGGAGCUGCUGAAACAGCUGGACGACCUGAAGGUGGAGCUGUCCCAGCUGCGCGUCGCCAAAGUGACAGGCGGCGCGGCGUCCAAGCUCUCCAAGAUCCGAGUUGUCCGCAAAUCCAUCGCCCGAGUUCUCACAGUCAUUAAUCAGACUCAGAAAGAAAACCUCAGGAAAUUUUACAAGGGCAAGAAGUACAAGCCCCUAGACUUGCGGCCCAAGAAGACUCGAGCCAUGCGCCGCCAGCUCAACAGGCACGAGGAGAGGCUGAAAACCAAGAAGCAGCAGCGGAAGGAGCGGCUGUACCCUCUGCGCAAGUUUGCAGUCAAGGCCUGAGCAGCGUCACGACAAUAAAAACCGAAACUGGCUUGA